GCGCUGCCGUUGCCGUAACAACGCCGCCGGAUGUUGGUGUGUUCGUUUGCGAGUGCUUCGGAGCCCGGCAUUUCCUGCGACGAGAAAGGCUUACGCCAUAUUUUCGUCGAGUCCACGAAGAUACGAAGCGCGUGUCGAGGCGAUCUCGUUCAUUCUCCAGCAUAGACUCACGCUCGAGGGAUAUCGACGAUGAGCGACAUCGAGAGAAGCGGCAGUCGCAGUGCAAGCCCCCGUCGACCACGUACUGCAGAUGGUGGCCUAAGGGACUCGCGGUCACACUCGAGAUCGCGCAAGUCGCGCGAGCGGAAGGACUCGCACAGAGAGGUCAAAUACUCGAGAUCGCGCAGUCGUUCCGCGUCACGCGGUCGGAAGUCAUAUCGCGGCAGCAAGUACGCCAGCGUCGGUCAUCGUAGCAGUCGUAGUCGCAGCCGCUCGCCGUAUCGAGGUGGCGGCCGUUAUUCUCGCAGCAGAUCUCGCUCAUACUCGCGAUCACGCUAUUCUCGCGACCGACACGUGUAUCGGUCACACUCGCGCAGUCCAAUGUCAUCCAGACGACGACACAUCGGUAAUCGUGACAAUCCCUGCCCCUCUCGAUGCCUAGGUGUCUUCGGACUUUCCAUUUUUACGACUGAACAACAAAUUCAACAUAUAUUCUCAAAAUACGGCCCAGUCGCACGAGUGCAAGUCGUUAUCGAUGCAAAGACUGGACGCUCUCGCGGAUUCUGCUUUGUGUAUUUUGAGUCGUCUGAGGAUGCUAAAGUGGCGAAAGAGCAAUGCACCGGCAUGGAAAUCGACGGAAGAAGAAUCAGAGUAGACUUCUCGAUCACGGAACGUGCUCAUACUCCUACUCCAGGAAUAUACAUGGGAAAACCCACUCAUCUACACGACAGAAGCUGGGAUGCACCGAGACGUAGAGAGGUUAGCUACAGAGGAAGCUACCGCCGCUCGCCCAGCCCAUAUUACAGCCGCCGACGUUCACGUUAUGAUCGUUCUAGAUCACGCUCCUACUCGCCGCGUAAGUACAAUUUCCACUUUAAUUUUGCAUUACAAUAUAAGCUGUCUACAUUGAUAUGUGUCUUAUUCCUGUACUAAAAUGUAUGUUGAAACACACGUGAUUACAAGUAUAUAUGUAUAUAUAUAUAGAACUGCAAAUUAUCUAGCAAAAACUUUAUAUUUUCGUAAUUUAUUGCACAACAGUGCUUACUGUAAUGUACAUUUGUUUCUCUUACUUCACUUUUUUUAUUUAUUGAACACUUCACAUGAAAAUGUUACAUGGAAGAGUAUUCCGCAUGUUCCGUAACGUUUAUUUUCCUAGAAAAAGACAUGACUUCUCUUCAUAAUUCUCUGUUGAUGGCCGGGCAUUUUGUGUGUAAUAUAUACGUUAAUUAACCGUUUUCUUAAAGAAUUUACUUAAAAAAUUAAAUCUAAAAGAAAUUAUAUAUUGCGAACAAAUGUUAAACAAUAAUUUUCUACUUAACGCAAAUUAAUGCUGCUUAUUGCGAAUUUCAAGAGACAAUUUUGCGCGCGCGGCAUAUUUUGUCACAUUGGAAAGAGUCGUCGAACAAUUGAAGAUAUAUAUAUGAUUCUUCGGAUUCAUAUUUUCGUAGACCGCUUAUAUUUCUAAUUGGAACGGUAAUGUUAACUGGAUUGCAAAGUAAGUAUUUAAGUUAGCAAGAAAACAGCAGAUGGGAGCGUCAGAGAAAUGCGCUCGAUAAAUCAUACGGUAGUAGCUAAGCAGCAAUCCGUAACUUGCGUAAAACAAUCAUGGUUUUUUUGUUGCUUAAUGAAUUUCAGGUCGAUAUUAGAUGAAGUGAUGCGAGGCCAGGUCCUUUCAGCAGAUCCAAUGACUUUGACCCAAAUAUUUCUUCACCGGGUCAAAAUUAUGAAAUGAACGAAAUCAUUUAUAUUACUAUUCUUACCUUACCCAAUUCUGCAUCGUAUGCGAUAAAAUCUCGCAAGCGUUUUAAGUUUACAAAAUUGUAACAAUAUCAAUAACAUUAUUGAUCAAGAAAUUAAAGUGCAAAAUAUAGUAGUGUAGCAUACUGCUUGCACGAAAACCAGUAAGGUUAGAAUAGAUGUAAAACCUUAUUUUCAUAAGUUUAUAUCGCUUCCUAUUAGUAUUAUGAAGAUAAGGUUUCAAUUGUGUAAAAAUAUACAAGGCUAUAAUGUGAAAGCUGGAAUAUAAUUGAGUGCUUAAUAUUUGCUUAAUCUUCACCUCUAGCUUACAGUUGUAUUCCAGCAUAGUUUCUUUAAAAAAAAGUGUGGAAAAAUUAUUCUCUUUAACAAACAAAAAAAAAGAAAUAAAGUACACCUAAAUAAACCUAAAAAAGUAAACCAAACGCGAAAAAGAAAAAUAAUAACAGGCUUCAAAUAAAAGUAAGUUCUCUAACCUGUUUGUUUGUUUAUAAGGUUUUGAAUCAAGAGGUAUUGGAUGAUAGAGGGAAGUUUGAAGUUUCACUCUGAAAAAAUGAGUUUUGAAAAGUCAAGACAAGAUAUUUGAAGAACACGUUUAUCUUGCUCGCAUUGUCAAGAAUCAGAAGGUUUUCUCGGUUGCUUGUGACAAAGAAUAUGAUCUACAAUUCAUUUCCGGCUGAGAAGCCUCAAGCCUAGAAGAAAACUUCAAGUAGUGCAAGUCCGAAGACAGAGUCGAGUUGAUCGUCAGACCCCCCCCGACCGGGACGGAGUCAUUUGGUUGGGGGGUGAAACAGGGCCGAACGUGUUUACGAAAAUAUUCAAGAAGUUCAUCGAAAAAUCUUUCGUAGAAUAGGGACGAGCGUAAGGUUGCUCCCAGACCUUUGUACCGAUCAUAUUCUUUAUCAGUUGGUUUGGUUGCCACACGCCAUUUUAUUCGCUCUAGAGAACUGCAUAUAUAUACAUAUAUGCUUAUAUGCAAAAACCUCUAUAUAUGCAUACAUGAAAAUAAAGAUAAAAGUUCGUAUACUUCCUUUACCACAUCCUCUCCCUCCACCAUCCUGAGACCUCCGUUUCCUCCAAGACCUCAAUAUAUUAUAAAUUUUACCUACCUAAUAGUAAUACUUUAUCAAUCAAAGCAUUUUGUCAAUAAACGUUGUUUCUACUACUCGAUUGACUUUGGUCCCUCUCUUUUUUAUGGUUUUUUUUACAUUACGAAAUUUGGUGCGUAAUACGCAAAUCGCUUUUUACACUAGGAUACAGAUAAUGCUGCGGAUCGAGUCUUUUUAUGAUAUAUCCAGCGCGAGAUUAUUGCCUUUACAAAUCUCUAGGUCUCAAUCUUGUAGUAUGUGAUGGAAGUCCACGUCAGGACUUUACCUGAAAUUUAUAGCCAAUAAAAUCAGCUUCCAGCAAA